AUGACUCAAAGACUAAAUAAUAUUAAGGAACAUUUACAAAAUAGUCUUUUUGAAGAGCCUUCUAUAAAACAGGUGAAAAGUAAACAUCCACAUGAUGUAGUCAUCGUAUCUGCCCAUCGAACAGCCAUCGCACGUGGAUUUAAAGGUUCAUUAAAAGAUGUAAAUACGGACUAUAUUCUCUUGCAAUUCUUGCUACAAUUUAUUCAGCAUUUACCAGAAACUUUACAAAAUGAUCUAAAACAAAUUCAAGAUAUUACUUGCGGAAAUGUACUAAACGUAGGAGCUGGCGCUACAGAACAUCGUGCUGCUGCUCUGGCUGCUGGUUUCCCCUACGACAUCCCCUUUAAUUCAAUCAAUAGACAAUGUUCUUCGGGUCUGACGGCUGUAAAUGAUAUCGCAAAUAAAAUACUAACUGGUCAAAUCGAUUGUGGUCUUGCCUUAGGUUGCGAAUCAAUGUCUAAAAAUUAUAAAAAUAUCAACGCUUUGGGUGACAUCUCUGAUUCUUUGAAGGCUAAUCCAAUGGCCCGGAAAUGUUUAAUACCAAUGGGUUUCACAAACGAAAAUAUUGCUAAACAAUGGGGUAUCGAUCGUGAGAUUCAAGAUAAGUUUGCUGCUGAAUCUUACCAAAAAGCUCAAGUUGCUCUAGAUAAUAGUUUAUUUAAAAAUGAAAUUUUGCCUAUCCCAUUGCCAAGUGAAGAUGAUGAAAAUGAAACCGAAAAAAAUACUAAGUGGUUUUCUAAAGAUGAAGGCCCAAGACCAAAUGUCACAAAAGACUCUCUUUCCAUAUUAAAACCAGCUUUUAUAAAAGACAAAGGAACUACCACAGCUGGAAACUCAUCUCAGGUCUCAGAUGGUGCAGCCGGGGUUCUUUUAAUGAGAAGAUCAUUAGCAAAUAAACUGGGAAUUCCAAUAUUGGGAAAAUAUAUAGCUUUCCAAUGUGUUGGUGUUCCACCUGAAGUAAUGGGAGUGGGCCCAGCUUUUGCAAUCCCUAAAGUUUUAGAACAGGUUAAAUUAUUGAUUAAUGACAUAGAUGUCUUUGAAAUAAAUGAGGCGUUUGCAGCACAGUGUGUCUUCUGUAUCAAUAAAUUAAAGAUCCCAAUGGAAAAGGUUAACCCACGUGGAGGUUCUAUAGCUCUAGGUCAUCCACUUGGUUGCACCGGUGCAAGACAAGUUGCCACAAUUUUAAAUGAAAUGGCAACUGGUCAAAUUGGAGUGGUCUCAAUGUGUAUUGGAACAGGCAUGGGUGCUGCUGCCAUAUUCGUUAAAGAAUAG